AUGCACCACGCACUCCUCCCGGUCCUUUUUUUCUUGCAUUUCCUCAGCAUCAAUGCAAGGGAUUAUUCGCUACGAGGUUCCACAUUCUAUCUUAUGAAGGGCGCGGACGCUCCGCCUCAAGCGUUAUCUAAGCCCCCUAAAGCAGUCUCGGAUCCGACCAGAAAUUCUUUCAAUCCCACCGCGGCAGAUCUGAACGCCCCGCUUCCUGCAACCGUCCCAACUUCGACCAAUAAUUCUUCCGCCGUACCCGCUGCCGUGGAUCAGAACCUAUCCGCAAACGGUACAGCCCCUCCAGCUACCCCACCUACGAGCAAUGCUCCAGACGCCGCUCCUAGCAAUAACGCCCGCCCGGCCAUGUCGAUCCCAGUGGUUCCUGCGCCAGAGCAAACUGCUAAUAGCACCUGUCGCAAUUCCUCAACAGGAAAAAAUGUGACAUUUAGUGACAGAGCUUGCUGGCACGCCGCGAAAGUCCUUGCUGAAGCCGGUAGUUCCUACGCCCAAUGUGGAUCUUGUGUGCUUGGCUUAUUUGAUGCGGACAAGAAGGCGGCGUUCAAACCACCCAGUGCUAUCCCAGCUGCAAUCAUCCAAGAACAAGCAAUGAGACUCUUGCAACAGUGCAAGAGCGACUCCCCUAAGGUGUCGAAGCGCGAUACGACACCGGCUCCUCCAAGCAAUGACACUGCAAACGUCCAAUUACUGAUGGGUUAUAACGAGAAAGCAAAGGAAUGCCCGGGCCUAUAA